AUGCAUUGCGACAUAACGAAGAUGAGGGACAAAGUCACGAUAGACAGAACCCCCAAAAUCGCGAUGCGGGUGCAGCAAUCGCCAGCAACGCAACAAUCAAUAUCAACUCAACUCUCAGAGCUAAUUCACUCCGCAGGCUCCCGAAGUACACGAACCCCUUCAGCCUCAUUAUCAGAUCCUUUCACUUUAUCAAACGUAGCCUCAAAUGUCUCUACAGCCUCCAGCGACAUCGCUCCUUCCGUAACAAGUACCAUGGCAACGUCACAAAACUCCAACCAGACCCCUGCCAACUACGAUGGAAUUUUCGUUCAAUAUGAAAGACUGCCUGAUGCAACUUUGAAAAAGUUGCAAGAUAUAUAUGAACGCCUAUGUCUUGGAUGGGACCAAAACGACAGUUCACACAUUGUUCACUACCUGCGGGCUGGUAUUGACGCCCAAAAAUUGACCCCUGCUCUCCUCAUCGAAUGUGAAGACCAGGUGAGCAAAAGACGACUAGAGGAAUAUCUGAAAAAGAAGAAAUGGUUAAGAAGGGCCAUUCGAGAAAACACAUGUUGUAUCUUUGUGAUCCGGGGCAGAUUUUCCACGAGCGCCAGUCUAGACGGCGAUCUUCCGGUCAACUCCUUAGUGGUUGGAGAGUCAACCCUCCUCUUAUCUUCCGGGGCGCGGACAUCGUGCGGUGCAGCAGUUUUGGUACCACCCCAAGGGACUAUGCAGCACAAAUUUUGCACGUUUGGAGGGUUGAUCGUUGUGAACGAACGAAUCUUCGGGCUGCUUGCACAGCAUCCAUUUCGUGAAGGAACGCUCUUAACCGAGCAGCAAACGAGCCUAGUGCUCAAUACAAUGAACAGCAUGGGUGAUAAUGGUGUUGUGAAGAUCUAUACCAACGAGCCGCCAUUCUGCCUGACUUGGGAAGACUUUGACGAUUCGGACGAGGACGAUUCGGACCCCCGCUACUACUCUACGGAUACCAGUAGUAUGACUGAAGAAGAGAGUGAUGGACAUUUUUUCAGCGGACAAAGCGCUGGAGAUGAAGGAUACAUGGCCAGCAAGCAGGUUGCAGAGCCGUCAACUGCUGACUGUGAUGUGUUGUCGUUCAAAAUUGAGAUCGUUGUCAAGCAGACCCAACAAACUGACAGAGAUCCAGGAGCACGGUCUCGAUAUGACAGAGACUGGGCCUUAGCGAACCUUUCAUCUAUCCCCGCCAAUGAUCGGCAACGAGUUAUGCUUCCUAAUAUAGUGGGCAAUAAAUUCGUGGAAUCUUUAUUUACCGGGCAUGAAUCCCCGCACAAUGCGGUCGCUUUGGUCGCCACCAGCUCAGGUGAGCUGAAGGCCAACAUCUUAGGAUGUCCUGCCACCGUGAAGAUUGGAAAUUCUAGCUAUGAGACCAUUCUUAUGAAUCUGGACAACCCUUUACGGAGGUACCAAUCAUUCCUAGAUAUUAUUAGUUGCUAA